UCUCAACCUGCGUCAUUCAGACUGCCACCAACGCCCACUCCGCCUUUCACCUUCCGCCUGCCACCCCCACGAUCCUUGGAUCUCGUUGGCGACGUUCCGAUGUUUCAAGCGCAUCCAUAGGCCAUUCUUCGACGAGUCGCCUGGCGGUGGCGCCUUUUCCCUCGUCGUCUUAUCUCGACCUCCUUUCACUUCGGAAAGCCAGCUCGAUUAUCACCCCAGCCCCUGCUCGGGUACUCGACACUUCAGUGCUCACCUCCUGGUCACAUAGAGAAGACACGUGCCUCCCCCAUCAUGACGUCCCGCCGGCUUCCGGGCGGUGGCGUGAGCACCACAGUGUUUCGCCCUUCGGGCGGCACACCCGCGGGCGUAGGCGGCAAGCGCAACGAGGUCCCCGACGAGCUGUGCCCGAUCUGCAAGCGCUCAAAGUACCUGAACCCGGACAUGGAGUUCCAGAUCAACCCGGAGUGCUACCACCCCAUGUGCAGCAACUGCGUCGUCAACAUCUUCAAGUCGGGCCCCACGCAGUGCCCGCACGCGGGUUGCAACAAGACGCUGCGGCAGCGCGGCUUCCGCACGCCGUGGUACAAGGACCUCGAGGUCGAGCGCGAGGUCGACAUCCGCAAGCGCGUCAACGCCGUCUUCAACAUGGUCCAGGACGACUUUGAGACCCUGCGCGACUGGAACGACUACCUCCAGAACGUCGAGGACCUCACUUUCAACCUCAUCCAGGGCGACGAGGCCGAGCGCGCCAAGGCCGAGACCGAGCUCGCCGCGUACGAGAAGAAGCACCGGGAGGAGAUUGAGCUCAACAAGAAGAAAGGCAAGGAGGCCGAGCAGCUGCGCAAGAAGCGCGACGCCGACGCCGCGGAGGCAUCGCGGCUGCGCCGCCUCGAGGAGCGGGACGAGGAGCUGCGCGCCAAGGCCGAGGAGGCCAAGAUUGGCGACGAGGUCAUGGAGGCGCUCGCCCGAGGCGAGCCCGGCACGGCCGCCGAGAUCCAGGCGCGCAUCGUGGCCCGCAAGAAGGCCCAGGUCGCAAAGAUCUCAGGCAGCCACUACGCAUCCCUGCUGGACGGCGGCGGCCUGUCCAUCCGCGGGCUCAAGGCCAAGGGCCGGAAGCCGUACGAUGACGACGAGGACGACGAGGACGAGUCCAAGCCCUACGACCCCUUCGGCGGCCUACGCGCGGAGCCGGCCCGCUACGUGCUGCACGACAGCUACGAGUUCCCCCAUCUCGACGACGCGCGACACAACGACAACCACCGCGUGCCCGGCUACAGCGUACACGAGUUCUACGCGCGCGCCAUGUUCGAGGCCUUUGCAGGUCUUGGCGUGAACAUUGGCGACGAGAAGGCGAAUGACCUGAGGGCGUUAGGCACGGCGGGCGCGGAAGCUGCUGCGCAGAGCAACGAGACGCUAGAGACGGCCAUGAAGGCCGCCGGCAGUAACGGCAGCAGCAAUAGGAUGCAGGUCGACGAUGUUUUUGGCUAGACAGCGGGGGAAAGGGGGGCGAAACAAGAGCCUGAUGAGCAGUGAUUCACGAGCGAGGACCAAAAACAAACUUGGUGUGUUUCUACUGGGCGAUUUGUCACAGUACGCGGGUUCAUGGCAUAGCGAUGGCGUUUUACACACAGAAUCGAGGACCCGUUUUUGGCUGUCCUUUUGCACAUAAGAAAUCCCAUGGUUGAGCGCGUGGAAAGCGCA